AGGAACUUAAGCGUCUUUUUCUUCCUUGUCUUCAUCAACCAGGAAGGAUGUUUGACAAAGGUGCGAUGCUAACUAGCUUGCUGCUCCUGUCGCUACACGCCACGGUGGCGGCGGCGGCCAAGUUGGACGGCAGACUGGACGAGCACUGGGCCCUGUGGAAGAAGACGCACGGGAAGUGGUACCGCGGCGAGCCGGAAGAGCGCCACCGCCGAGGAUUGUGGGAAAAGAACCUGAUGAUGAUCACGCUGCACAACCUGGAGGCGUCCAUGGGCGCCCACAGCUUCCAGCUGGGCAUGAACACCCUGGGCGACAUGACGCCGGACGAGAUCCGUCAGUCGUUGGCCAGCUUGACUCCUCCCCCUGAACCUCAGAGGCAGUCCGAGUCCAUGUGGUCCAGCGUGAACGUUCCAGCCUCUGUGGACUGGAGGGACAAAGGCUGGGUGACGCGGGUCAAGAAUCAGGGCGCCUGUGGUUCCUGCUGGGCCUUCAGUGCUGUGGGGGCCCUGGAGGGUCAGUUGGCCAGAACCACAGGGAGGCUGGUGGACCUCAGCCCCCAGAACCUUAUGGAUUGCUCGGGCAAGUACGGCAACCGCGGUUGCAACGGCGGCUUCACGGCUCGCGCCUUCCAGUACGUCAUCGACAACCAGGGCAUUGACUCCGACGCGUCAUACCCGUACACGGGCCGGCAGGGCAAGGGGUGUCUCUAUAGCCCCGCCCACCGCGCCGCCAACUGCUCCGCACGUCACUUCCUGCCAAGGGGGGACGAGGACACUCUCCAACGCGUCGUGGCUGCCCUCGGACCUAUUUCUGUGUCCAUCGACGCCUCCGGGCGCAAGUUUGCCUUCUACAAGAGCGGAGUGUACGACGACGCGUCUUGCACGCAGAAAACCAACCACGCCGUGUUAGUGGUCGGAUAUGGCACACUGAACGGAGAGGACUACUGGCUGGUGAAGAACAGCUGGGGACUUAAGUUUGGAGAGGAGGGCUACAUCCGCAUGGCUCGUAACAAAAACAACCAAUGUGGUAUUGCGCUGUUUGCCUGCUAUCCCGUCAUCUCUUCCACCUCUGGAGUCGAGCAGCAGCCGUGACGAAGAUUCACAUGGCGAACAAUUCCCGUCAUUCACUCACACGAAGGUUAAGUGGAUCUUACGUUCUCAUUGUUCUUGCCUUUUAUUAAAACACAAUUAAGAAAAAACUGUCUUGUUGUUCCAAACUUUUCCAUCAUUAAAGCGUUUUUCUUACUGUA